AUGACCGAGAUCCUGAAACAGAAGGACUCUGAACUGACCAACUUCAAGGUAGCAGCUGGCACGCUUGAUGCCAGCGCGAAGAUUUACGCCGUGCGCGUGGAUGUGGUCCAUGCAGAUACCUACAGAGUUCUUGGAGGCUUGGGCAAGGACUUGACACCUAUGAAAAAAGUGGACAGCCCAGAAGGAGAAUACAGUCCAGCUCCUGAGACUGUCAAGAGAGUUCAGACAAAGAAAAAGCACUCAUUCAAAACCAUCGAGCAGAACUUGAAUAACAUCAAUGUGUCGGAGGCUAAUCGCAGAUGUGAGGUUGAUCCCAUGUUCCAGAAAACAGCCGCGUCUUUUGAUGAAUGCAGCACAGCUGGCAUUUUCCUCACCGGGCUGCAUACCCAAAGCUGCCACAGUGAGCUCCUCUUUGACUCGAAGAUCAUCCCUCUCCCUUCUUCAGAGACGCUCACGCUGCCAAACUCUCAUCCUGUGAAAGUGAUAGAUUUAAAGCCCCUGCUAGCGCAGUGCGUUGAAAAACGCCCCAUCUGCUCUUCGCUGGCUGGUUUCCAGUUUACAGAGUGGGAUGCUGAAUCCCACGAUGAGUCGGUGUCAGCCCUGUUGGAUAAAUUUAAGAAGAGCGACCAAGUGUUCGAUAUCAAUGCGAAGAUAGAUAGCAAUGUGGAAGACUACGUUGCCACCCUGCCAGAUGACGACUUCAAUUCUGACUCCCCCAGGAGUACAGUAGCGGACAAGAUUGGGGAAUUCACAGAAAACCUCCACGCCUUUGGAACAGUCCACAAGAGCAAGACAACUGAUGCGGUUCCUUUUGGAGAGGGAGACAUCGGGACAAUAUGCCUUCAUCUCUCCAUGAAACCAGGGGAAUACUCCUACUUCAGUCCCCGAACUCUGUCAAUGUGGGCUGGCCCAGAGCACUGGCGUUUCAAACCUCGACACAAAUCAGAUGCUGACUCUGAAAAAGAGACCAAGAAAAGGAGUGCAAAGAAGGCGUUUGAAAUUAACUUUGAUGAGGAUGUUGACUUUGAGGCGUAUUUCCGUAAGACCAAGGCAUCUGUAACUCUAGCCAAAUCCAUUCUGGAAAGCCAGAAUGUGAAGAGCACCACGCUUCCCACAGACUUCAACUAUGACCCUAACAACAUUCUCCAGCUGUUCAUCAAACCAGCUGUUAAGCUCUGCAGGACAUCUGAGAGGGACAGCUCAUUGGAUCACGAAGAUGAGAUCGGCGAGUAUGAUUACAACAACCCCAAUGACACCUCCAAUUUCUGCCCUGCGUUGCAGGCUGCAGACAGCGAUGAUGAUAAUGACCCCAUUCAAUUCACGGGCCAGAUGGGGGAGUUCAACCUUACCACCCACCCUGAGGGUCAAGACGCUGAGCUCGACAGGGUUUUCGGCGAUGGCGAUAUCACGGUGUACGGAGAGCUGAACCUCAUUGCUGAGCCCCAGAAGGUCAAUAAGAUAGAAAUUCAGUAUGCAAAGACAGCCAAGAAAAUGGACAUGAAGAUGUUGAAGAAAAACAUGUGGGAUCUCUUGACUGAGGGACAGAAGAAAGAAACAGUGGCAGAGGUGGAAGAUGCAGAGAAAGAGAAGGACAUAUCAGCGGUAGUGGGCGAGAAGGUCUUCAGCAGCAUCACAAAGGAACUGCUUCACAGGCUGCCUUCCGUGAUGGCUAACAAUCUGUCUGUCCCGUUAGCCUUCGCCUGCCUCUUGCAUUUGGCAAAUGAGAAGAAUCUGAAGCUGGAGGGCACGGAGGACCUGUCUGAUGUCCUAGUGAAACAAGGCAACUGAGCCCUGUGCGGAGCAGACCACCGGGGCUGACCCACAGGACAGAGCUCAGCUUCCCAGCUGACCGGUGCUCGCUCUGGACUAUCUC